AGCAUUGGGUGUUUUGCAAUGGCUACACAAACUAGUCAUGUCUUCCAUGGCCAAGAAAAUAUGCUUCUGGAAAACCAUUGCAUUAGGAGAAACACUGGCAGAGAUUCAGAGAAGUCACUAAAGCAGAAGAAUGUGAAUGGACUUGGUCAGAAUUCAGACAAUGGAUUACUGGUUACACACGUUAACCAGACACAGGACUUACUGAGGCUGCAGGCGAGCGAGACCCAGUCUUCAGAUUGGGAGGACUCUGAAGACUGGCUUUCGGCUCACAGUUUAAAGUGUCAGAAGCUCACCUUGGCUGACCUGAUAAGCCAGGGCACAGAAGUGCUGGAGGAGGACACCAAUGUUGUGCAGAAAAUACGUUUCUCCACCCAGAUCAUCCACCACUUUGAGUCAAAGCUUUCUGAAACUAUUGAAGUCUAUCAAGAGAGAAUUCAGUGGCUCACAGAAAACAGCAAGAAGGCAUUUGGCUUCAUCAAAGGGGCCAGAGUCAGCAUCCUCAUAGAUGUGUCAGCCGUCAGCAGUGGCCCUCAGAAAGAGGAGUUCCAAAAGGACCUCAUGAGCCUCAUCGAUGAGCAGCUGAGCCACAAGGAGAAGCUAUUUGUCCUGUCCUUUGGCACCAACGCCAGGUCCCUCUGGCCGAACCUCAUGGAAGUCAGCGCCUCUGUCCUCCAGGAACUUAAGCUCUGGGUAAAGACACUGCAGCCUGAUGGAGGCAGCAACCUGCUACAAGCUCUGAAGAAGAUCUUCACUCUCAAGGGGCUGGAUUCCCUGGUGGUCGUCAUGAGAAGCUGCCCAGAUCAGCCUUCUGAAAUCCUGUCCGACUACAUCCAGCAGUCCACCAUGGGAAGAGACCUCAUCAUCCACUUCAUCACCUACAGCUGCGAUGAUCAGAUGCCCCCUGCUAUCCUGAAGAACCUUGCAGAAGCUGUUAGGGGCUACUACCACUGCUACAGCCCAAAGAUGGAGCUCUACACCAGCCGGGAUAUGGAUGAGCUCCUGGCAGAAAUUCAGAAGGCCCAGAGCCUCCUCAGCCACGUGCAAGCCCUGAGGCACAGCAGCCCCUGUGAGGCGCUCACCUGCACCAUGGAGGAGAUUUCCACAGAGAAUGCAAAUGGGCUACUCAUAAGCCUCUUGCCUAAACCCCCAAAGCAUGACGCUCCUCUCACCAUUGAGUUUCCAAACUUGGACAAGACUUCUGCAGAGUGGCUUAAGGUCAAUGGUCUGAAAGCCAAGAAAUUAAGUCUGUAUCAGGUCCUGGCACCCAACGCAUUCUCUCCUGUGGAGGAAUUUGUACCUAUUCUCCAGAAAACAGUAUCAUCGACUAUCCAUGAGAAGGCAAUGAUACAAUUUGAAUGGCACGAUGGGACAGUGAAGAACAUUCAUGUGGACCCACCCUUCCUCUAUGAGUACCAGAAACAGCUCAACAGAGCUAUGCGGAUGUACGAGAGGCGGAUCAAGUGGCUCUCCCUGGCCAGCAGAAGAAUUUGGGGCACUGUGUGUGAAAAAAGGGUGGUUGUACUGCUCGAUAUCUCUGCGACCAAUUCCAUGUACAUUAUUCAUAUCCAGCACUCCCUGCGGCUGCUGCUGGAGGAGCAGUUAUCCAACAAGGACUACUUCAACCUCAUCGCGUUUGGAAGCACAAGUGAAAGCUGGAGGCCUGAGAUGGUUCCCAUGAGCCACGACAAUUUACAAAGUGCCUGGCGGUGGGCCCUGAACCUGCGGUGUUGGGGCAGCAGGAACGUUCUCAGCGCCCUGCGGAAGGCUGUGGAAGUGGACUUCAAGGACAAAGACAAACACCAGUCGCAGGGAAUCUACCUCUUCACUGGGGGCAUCCCUGACCAGGACAUGCCUACACUCAGCGCCUACAUGGCCGAGGCCUGUAGUGGCUGCGACCUCCAGCUGAAUGUGUGUCUCUUCUACGUGGGCGAGCCAAAGAUGGACACCACGCCCCCUGCCUGCUAUGCCAGUCGCACUGACACAGCCGCCGCCUACAAGGAGGUCACCCGGGCUACAGGUGGCCGCUUCCACUGGUUUGGAGACACAGGCAUUUAUGAGAGCGAUGACAUCAGUUCCAUCAUGUCUGAGAUGGAAAAGGCUCUCAACUACUCCCAAAAGUGUGCCUUCCUCAUGGCCUCCCUGAAGAACCAUUCAAGAAAAGUACUGGAAAGUGCAGCCCUCCUGAAAGAAAAACCAAAGACACUUCAGCUAAGAAGUCAGCCCAAGAAGCUCUGCCCUCCCAGGCCCACCGCCCCCUUGGGGGCCAGAAUGAGCAUUAAAGAUGACCCUGACAGAGAGAAGAGCCCCCCGCUGAAAUCUCUGAAACGGCGUCCACUCAGUAGCAGAGCUGGCAUCUCAUCAGCUGCGGCCCAGCCGAUGAAAGAAGGGAUGAUGGAACAGAGGAGGAAAACCAAGUCAAGGGAAGCAGAGACAUCUCUUUCGCUGUUCUACACAGAGAAAGGGAAUAACGUGGGCUCGGUGUACAAGAAGUACCCUCAAGGAAGGGGCGUGAGAAGGAUUGGCUCUUCUAUUGACUUACCCAGAAAGGAUACAGUUUGCUCAAGCCAAGAGUGGAUGGCAAAAUAUGGGCUCAAAAAAUUGAAGCUGGAGAUUUCCAGAUGCAUGGGUCCCAGCUGCACUCAUCAAAAGUCAGGACAGAGGUCAGCAUCAGCCAAACACUGCAGCAUCUUCCCCAGCGUUGAGAUCCAUGGAGUGGUGAGACACAUUCAGUGGACGCCUGGGGAGAUGGAGGUGUACAUCAGGCACUUGGAGAAGGUGUUAAGGCGCUAUGUCCAGAGGCUGCAGUGGCUGCUGUCCGGGAGCCGCCGACUGUUUGGCACCGUUUUGGAGAGCAAAAUAUGCAUUUUGCUGGACACGUCAGGGUCCAUGGGCCCUUACCUGCAGCAGGUGAAGACAGAGCUGGUUUUGCUGAUUUGGGAACAGCUGAGGAAGCGCUGUGACAGUUUUAACCUGCUCAGCUUUGCAGAGAGCCUUCAGUUGUGGCAGGACACGCUGGUGGAGACCACAGAUGCAGCGUGUCAUGAGGCUAUGCAAUGGGUGACCCACCUGCAAGCUCAGGGCAGCACCUCCAUCUUGCAAGCAUUGCUGAAAGCCUUCAGUUUCCGUGAUCUGGAAGGACUGUACCUCCUGACCGACGGAAAGCCAGACACAAGCUGCAGCCUUGUCCUAAAUGAAGUCCAAAGACUCAGGGAGAAAAGAGAUGUGAAAGUGCACACUAUUUCCUUGAACUGCUCAGACAGAGCGGCGGUUGAGUUCCUGAGAAAGCUGGCUUCCUUCACUGGCGGACGCUAUCACUGCCCUGUGGGUGAGGACACACUCUCCAAAAUGUGCGGCCUGCUGACCAAAGGCUUCAUCAAUGAAAACGAUCCCACGCUGCCACCAUUUGAAGGAGAUGAUUUAAGGAGGCUGGCCCAGGAGAUCACCAAGGCCAGAAGCUUCCUCUGGCAGGCCCAGUCCUUCAGAUCCCAACUCCAGAAGAAAAAUGAUGCAGAACCAAAGGUCACUCUUUCCUAGAGAAGUGUUCUCAGCACACCCUACUCUCCAGCCACUAGACUGUCCCUCUCUGGGAAGCCCUAAACCAACCCCCUGCCUGAACAGUGCUGCUUGCCUCCUCUGCCUGGAGACUCCUGCUCACCCAUCAAGGCACAGCUCAAAUGACAUCAGCUCCCUGGGACCCACCUAGAGCCAGAGGCCUCCAGUCUUUCUCUUGUAGCAUCCUGACCACGCAGAACUCUCGCACUCAGCACUCCAUGUCACACCACCUUGCUCGCUGAUCUAGCUCUUCUCCUUGACCGUGAGCUCCCUUGGGAUGAGACUGCUGUCCCAGGAUCUGCAGGUCCCCAGAAGCUGCCACAUGGGAGACACAUGGUGAACAGUGAGCAGGCAGCUGAGCUAUGGAAGCCUAGCUCUGGAAAGCAGCUGAUGGGGUGGUCUCCACCCUGGUCCAUAACAGGAUAAUGCACAGUCACAGUCAGCCCAUCCUGGAGGAAGAAGAAACAAGUGAGCCUCACCACCACCCUCCAUCCCUGCCCAACCAAACUAAAGUGAAGGCUGCUCAUCCGGGGUCAUUUUCCAAAAUUAAAAACAAUUACUUUUAUUCCACUAAUAGGAUCAACAUGACUUUAA